AUGCAGAAGUUCUGGUUACUACUUGAGAGCGGUCGCCUGAAGGAAGUCCCUGCAGUCCUGCAGGGCAGUAUUAGCAACUACGCUGUGGUGUACAGUGUGGACAGCAACAUUCAGGGACAGUUCAACUUCAACGUCACGUACACACUGUCCGAGCUGGGGAAUUUCGUGCUAUCGAAGCUACGAAUUCUUGCGGACAGCGAGCUAACAUGGGUGCAACGGAAUCGAGCAACAGGACUCAUACAAGACAGUACAACAGUUGAACCAGAGAUUCUGUUGCUGGACGUUUACAAGACGAGCACUGCCCAACCUCUUAACGUCUCCGUCACAGGAGUAACUGUCCAGGCACACGGAAGUGAGGAGUUCAGGGUCCUGUUCGCCAGGAGAUUUCCCGUGACACUAAGGAGAAAUAACCUGCAUGGGGCACACUUCAAAACAGCUACAAUCCUGUAUCCUGAUCAGUUCAUCGACUGGUAUGACUUGCGCUUACGCCAUGUUGACAAAUGGUCGAAGAUCCAUUGGCCGAUAUAUGGAUACCUGGCAGAGCAACUGAAUUUCAGUUUCGAAGUUACAUAUCAACUGGAUAACUAUGGCUGGCUCAUCAAUGGCACCUUCGACGGUAUGAUGGGAUACAUGCAACGUGAAGAAGUUGAAUUCCCAUCUACUGGUAUUUUCGUUCGAAAUGACCGUUUCGCAGUGACGAGUUACGCUGCAUCAACUUUCCCACUCAGGGCAACAACAAUGUUCCGGCAGCCCAGUCUGUCCACAGUGAGAAACAUCUUUAUCCUCCCUUUCGACCGCUCGGUAUGGCUGUGCUGCUUUGCCCUUUGUCUCACUUCUGUCUUCACUCUGGGAGUCCAAAUUACCUGUAGCGUCAGACAACAUAUUGAGGAAAACAUGUUACAUUCUGAUUGGUCCGACAUGUUCACGCUUGUGCUUGGAGCCAUCUGCCAGCAAGGUUAUCACUUGACACCGACCUCCCUGGCAGGAAGGACGACAGUUUUCGUUCUCACUCUUUCUUCCCUGUUCCUCUUCACAUCGUACUCUGCCAAUAUCGUGGCGCUGCUACAGACACCCAGCACGUCCAUCCAGACGAUACACGACCUCGCCAUCAGUCCCAUGAUCAUUGAAGUGGAGAAUCAGACAUACAACAGUGUUUAUAUGAAGGAAACUACAGACCGCGAGCUUCGGGAUUUCUACCAUCGCAAGAUUGCACCUCUGGGCGAGAAAGCAUACCUACAUGCGACAAUUGGCAUGAAACACAUCAAGCAGUCGAUGCACGCCUUUCAGGUAGACACUACUUCUGCUUACAAGAUCAUGAGUGAGACGUACCAAGAGCAUGAAAAGUGUGGCCUUAAGGAAAUCGACCUGUUUCCUGCACCAAUGUUCACCAUUGCUACUACGAAAGGUUCGUCUCUGAGAGAGUUUUUCAGCCAGAGAGUGCACUGGUAUCGAAAUGUUGGACUCUUAGAUCGGCUGUUUAAAAUCUGGAUGCCACAGAAAGCUACAUGUGGCAGCAAUGCAGGGGGCUUCGUUAGUGUCAGUCUGACGGAAUUCUACCCGGCAUUGAUGGUGCUUCAGUACGGCACUGCCUUCUCAGUGGUUAUUCUAGUCCUAGAGGUCUUGAGUUUCCACAGAUCUCGCAUUGCUUUGAAACUUCGCUGCAUUCUGUACCCAAAAUAUUUGCGUCAGACCAAGCAAUCUUCUACAGCAGAUCCCAAUGGAAAUAAAGCAAAAAUGACAUUUCGGAGCCAAGGAAAUUGGCUCAAAUAA